AUGCUCAGAACAUGUAUGAUGCGCAGUCAUCCCAUUCGUAAAGUCACUAAGAGAAACAUCUACACAGCAAACAGCGAGCAGAUAUCGCACAGGAGCAUUUCCAACUUAGUGUUAUGUAAAGCACAACCCCAGCCGCAGUCACCAUUUGGACAUACAUUUCUCAGUCAAAAAAAAUUCUUCGGGGUAAAAAGAGUUGUUCAGAAAAGAAAGUACAUGCUAAAAUUAAUACAACCACACCAGGAAAAGUUUGACGCGGAAAAAUACAAAACCUUUUUGGAAAAGGAAAACCUACGUGAAAAAAUUGACAUAAACAAUAUCAACAUCGAAAAUGAAAAGGAAGUUGAAUUAUAUGAAAAUUAUUUACUAAAUUAUAAAUACAACAAAAGGGAAGUUGAAAAGAAUGCACCCCUGCCGUUGUCCCUGUUGUCAUCUUCCUUCAUACGAAGAACCAUUUACUCUAACAGGGAACACGUUUUAAAGAAUUUAAAAAACAUUAAUUGGAAAAAGUAUUGUUGCAAUGUCAAAGGUGUGAGGUGGCAUGCUAGUGGGGCAUGGCGCGUCUACUUCUGUAAAAGAAAUUACCAGCAUAAUUUUUUUGUCAAAUGUGACUGCUAUUUCCGAGUAAGUAUUUACGGUUUUGAAAAAAGCAAAGAACUCGCCGUUCGGUAUAGGAAAAGGUUGGAGUAUGAGUACCUAUUGCUCAUGAAGCGCUGGAAGGAAAUUGAAAUGGAAAAUGCUAAAAAAAGAAAAAUGAUAAAAGAGUUCAAAAAGAAUAACCAGAACUUUGAUCAAGAAGAAGAUAGUGAACAAAAUGAAGGUGAAGGAUACUACAAAGAAAAUUCAAAACGCCAAGACGUAAACUAUUAA